AUGGAGUGCGCUCAUAAUUUUGCCUAUGCCGAGGAAGAAGACGAGGAUCUUGGAAUGGAUCUUUUUGGUGGUGAGGAGGAAAAAAAGCAAGUUUCAAAGCCCUCUGAUUCAAAAAUGCAUGUCAGAAGUUCAUCGAUUGAGAUGCUGCCCAAUCCACAGCAAAAGGCUAUACAUUUUGCAGCACUAUUUCAAUCGGCCAGUUUAUCUCAAAAAUAUUAUCGCCUUUAAAACUCUAUCUUCAUACUGAUAAGAACUACCUAUACAAAAUAAAUAAUAUAGAUCCCAUCCUCAAAGAUGUCAAGUUGACACUAAUGUAGUCGAAAUUAAUCUCAACUGUCUUCAACAAGACUUUCAGCUUGCAACAGGAGAGCCAAUGUUCUGCUCAACAUGCAGUUGCGUUUUUAAUUCUUUUAUAUAUAUAUUAAUAUAAAGAAAAGCAUAAGGUAAAAAUGAUAUAUUAUAAUUACUGCAAAAAACAGAACACUAUUUUGCUUAGACUUAUAAUAAUUAUCGAUUGUAAUAUAGCCACUACGUCAGACAGGAACAGAACAUUGUAUGGACUUGCGAAUUCUGUGGAACUAUUAAUAAUUUGCAGAUAGAAGAUGAAGAAAUCCCAACAGUUGCAGAAUUGACUUAUGUAGUAGAAAGUGCUGGCGAAGUUGCUGAAGCUCGACAUGGAACUGACGAUAACUCUGCUAUUAUUUUCUGUAUCGACAUUUCUGGCUCUAUGUGUGUAAGCAAAGCUGUAUCUGGCAACUUAAAUUUAAAAACUAAUAAGCAGCAAGAACUUAUGAAGCUAGCUGGCUUAGACGAGCAAGAGCAGCACAUGCCUGGAGAAAGAAGAGAUAUUACUUAUGUCUCAAGGCUUGAAUGUGUACAAGGCGCUAUCGAAUCUCAGUUAAAAGAGCUUAAACAUGGCGCCUCAAAUAGAAGAGUCGGAAUUGUAACUUUUAAUGGAGAAGUCAGAGUCAUUGGUGAUGGCAGAGCUGAUGAAGUAAUUGCUGGGGAUAGACUUUAUUCAUAUGAUAACAUUUCUAAAGCUUUUGAAGGAAGAUUCGAAAGCCUUAUGGGAAGAAGAGUUGGGGAAACCGCUGAAGAACUGAUAGCAAAGGUUUACCAGCUAGAAGAAGGAGGCCCAACAGCUCUUGGUCCAGCCUUGUUGGCUUCAAUUAUACUUGCUGCUCAAGGUGGAGCUGGUUCAAAAGUGAUUAUUUGUACAGACGGCCUUGCAAAUGUGGGACUUGGGUCGCUAGAACUUGGACUUGAAGAAACUUCUGAAGCAUUUUAUGCUGAGCUCGGCAGAUUUGCAUCAGAAAAAGGUAUAAGUGUUUCCUUGAUUUCUAUUGAAGGGGAGGAAUGCAAACUUGAGCGUCUUUCUACUAUUACUGAACUAACAAAUGGAGAUAUCUUAAGAGUUCAGCCAGAGCAUAUAAGUGAAGAAUUUGCUAAUAUUUUAUCAGACAAUGUUAUAGCUACACACGUCAGUUUGACUGUGAUUCUCCAUAAAGCUCUUUAUUUCAGAAAUGAAGACGCAGCUGACUUGUCAUGGAAUAAAUCACGCCUUAAUAAAAAAAUAGGAAACGCUACAGCAAGCUCUUCCGUUACAUUUAGCUAUGGCCUGAAGCAAAAUGCUAUACUCUUACGUGAAGGGAUUGACAAAAAUAAGCUUAAAGAAGUCCCAAUGCAGUCUAUUAUAAGAUAUUCAAGCUUAAAUGGGAUGAAAUGUGUCAGAUCCAUCACAAGAAUCCAGCCUGUAACUUUUGACCUUAACCAAGCCAGACAAGAUGCUAAAUUUGACAUUUUGGCCAGAGCAGGAACUAGACAAGCUGCUAAGAUGGCUAUGGAUGGAAGAUUUGAAGCAGCCAAAGAGCACGCUCAGCUAUGGAAAGAGAAACUCCAAGAACAAGUUGUAAACGAAGAACAAGAAAUGGAGCUAAAUGCGCUUGAAGCAGAUUUAAUGGAAAUUAAUGAAGGAGUAGAGAAUCAAAAGCAGCUAGAAAGAGACAUGGGGAUUGCUUUUGAAGAAGAUAUAGACGUAGCCGAGCUCAAAAACGAAAGAAGAAAAAAUUAUGGGGAUGAUUUCACUUCAAAAUUCAAAGGUCUUUUUAAGAAGAAAAAGCGCAAUAAUUAG